AUGGCCGACCAGAAGUUGUUCCCUCCAACCAGGAGGAUGAUGCCUAAAUGGUUGAACUUCCUCUUAGGAGGGGCUAGUGGAAUGAUGGCAAUCUCCAUAGUCCAGCCAGCAGACUUGUUGAAAACUCGUAUGCAGUUACUAGGGCCUGCUGGACGGAACCUGUCAGCAUUUGCCUUAGCCAGGGAUAUCGUGAAGUAUGAAGGCGUCAGAGGGUUCUACGGAGGUCUAACCGCCGCCCUGUUCCGCCAAGCGACCUACACCACUGGGCGCCUCGGCUGUUUUAACGUUAUGUUUGACACGUAUAAAUCAAAAUACGGUACUCCAUCAUUUCCGAAGAAGGUGGUGAUGGGUGUCGUUGCUGGAGGCGUUGGUUCCUUGAUUGGGAAUCCGGCUGAGGUAGCUCUGAUCAGAAUGACGGCUGAUGGCAGGCUGCCGGAGCAAGAUAGGAGGAACUAUAGGAAUGUGUUCAACGCUAUCUCCAGGAUAGUCAGAGAGGAGGGUGUGCGAACUCUAUGGAGGGGUGCCGGUGCCACAGUCAGCAGAGCUAUGGUCGUAAACGGUGCUCAAUUAGGCUCAUAUGCUCAGGCUCGAGAAAUGCUGCUGCCGACUCUUGGUGAUGGCUUGCCGCUUCACACGGUCGCGGCUAUGAUAUCCGGGUUCAUCACAACUGUCGCUUCUCUGCCCGUCGACAUCGUCAAGACAAGAGUACAGAAUUCAGCAGAAGGAAUGAGCCAGUUCGCAGUUUUAAGUAAAAUUAUCAGGAAUGAAGGUGUUCUUUCUCUAUGGAGUGGCUUGUUACCGACAUACAUGAAGAUUGGUCCUAUGACAGUUUUGAUAUUUAUGUUCCUCGAACAGAUGAAGCGAUUGUAUCACAAAUACGAACGCGAUGACCGCGGUGAGGUGUACAGUGCUAGUGCUACCCUACUUCGAAAGUGAGAAGCUACGGGUACCUUCUUGCGGAAUCCUGACUUCCUAGCCUGUCGCUGGUAAUCUGUAAUUUAUUCUUACAGAGGUGCAAGUGAAAGUUAUUGUAAAAAUGGUUGUACCACAAAACCGAUGCGCAAACGCAUAGGAGAAGGCGGACGCUUAUGUGAAGCUCGUCGGUAUCAAUAUUUUUUAAAUAAGUUAUGUAAAAUUUGUGCAUUCCUUUUGUAUAUUGUUUGGGAAAGUAUUUGGUAAUUUAUUAAAUUA